ACCACACACACGGACCGCCGGAGAGGAGUCAGUCAGUCUUCGGCGGUACUACUAGAACGACCGUGUGUGCACAGUGCGGGGUGGUGGUACCCGAAAAAAAAAAAAAACGCGAUCGUUUUUUUUUGACGCGGCGACCGAAAUGCGACCUUCUGGAUUUAUUUUCGUCUUGGGUUUUUUGUGGUACCACGUAGUUUGUUUACAGGUUGACAUUUGCGACCCGAAAUCUUGCCGGAAACCGGACGACGGCAACCGGAAACCGGUGUGCGGCUCGGACGGACUCACCUACCCCGAUCGCUGUCAACUAGAACGCGUCAAAUGUCAAAACGUCAACGUCACUUUAGUGAAACGAGGCCCGUGCAAACGUCAACGAUCUUGUCUCGAGUGGCAAGACUUAAGCUUAGAUUUUCCCCAAUAUAGAUUCAAAGCAAGAUGUAAAAAAAAUGGCGCCUACGAGUCAGGCCAAUGUCAUCCUGAAUCUAAAUAUUGCUGGUGCGUGACGCCAGAUGGCGUCCCAAUAGGUGGAACUGUCAAAAAACUAAAAAAUGACACUAGGCCGAUAAGGUGCGCCAAAAAAAAAUUGCCGAGGUCGUCAGGAGGUCGUCCGAAGUCGCGCGCCAAAGUUUGCAAACUGACCGACAAGUCGCACUUCAACAACAACCUGAUCAACAGUUUCCAUUCGGAAUUUUCUAGAGAAACCCGCCGCAGUAACGCCACUGAUCAAGAAGUGAUCGGUUGGAAAUUUCGGUCGUUAGAUGUCGACCAAGAUCGGGCGUUGGAUCGGAAAGAGUACCGGGACAUUAAGAGGUUGGUGGGGAAAGCGAUGCGGCCGAAAAAGUGCGCCCGAAGUUUCCCGAAGGCGUGCGAUGUGGACUCGGACGGGCGAGUGACGGCGGCCGAGUGGGCUGAGUGCCUGACGCGGGACGGGAUCACAGUGGCUACAACGACAGAUGGUACCGCUAAAGACGACCUGGACGACUACGACGCCCCCUACGACCCACUACCGGUACCACCACAUGGAGUACUCGACUCGGUACCACCUUUGGCCAACUAUGAUGAUGACAUUCCUGACAGCCGGGAGGAGGAGCAGCCGCCCGGUUGCCUGGGCGACCGCAAGACGGCGCUGGAAGAGGGCCACGACGCCACCUACAUUCCGGAAUGUACACUAGACGGCCGAUACAAAAAGGUCCAAUGCUACAAGUCGGUAGGUUAUUGUUGGUGCGUCAACGAGGAAAACGGCCAAAAUAUUCCGGGCACGAGCGUCAAGGGUCGGGCGCCCGAUUGCGAUUCGUUCAAACCCCCCCCUAAGCCGAUGAAAGGGUGCCCCGACGACAAAAAGAUCGUUUUUCUGAACGAGCUGAUGCGAUUUUUACAAGGCAAAAUGACCCAAGGCGAUUCUCCGACCGCUCCUAUUCAGUCCAAGGAAGACCAGGCCCUGUGGAGCUUCAAUUUCCUGGACAAAAACAAAAACAAAAUCCUGGAAAGGGCCGAAUGGAAAACCUUCAAGGAAAUGGUGGCACCAAUCAAAGGGCUGAAAAAGUGCGGGAAAAAACUGCCCCGGUACUGCGACAGCGACAAAAACAAGGAGAUCAGUACCACCGAGUGGUUGGAUUGUUUGAAUGUACAAGGUUUGAUAGCGGCUCAGGCGAUAAGCAGCGACCCCAGAUCGGGUAAAACGAACCCUCUGAGCAUGCUGAAAGACGACUAGCGCCAUCUCUCGGUCUGACGGCCGAAAACCCCCGAACUUGUGAUUAUUAGCUUUUAGUGUACAGCUUUAAUAGCGAAAUCUACUUUUUUUUUAGUUUGUAAAAUAUUUAUUUAUUUAGUGCGGCUUCCGCCUCGUAGAUGGCGCCACAGUGUUUUUUUUUUUAAUUAUUAAUAAAUAAUUAGGUUAAGUGUCAAUUUUUUUUUUUUUGUACAUUAAUUAUUGUUAAUAAACAAUUGAUACAAUCGUUA